AUGCAAACUCGAAAUAUGGGUGCUAAACACGUACCGGUGAGUCGAGUGAGCGCGAUCAAUCUUAAAGAUCCCAAGAACAAUCGCGAGGCGGUCAAAGACCCUCGAUUCACGAAUAAAUGGGUGUACAAGCUUAAAAUACAGGCACGCGGUUCUAUCGAUCCAUUGAAGGCAAAUCUAGUGGCGCGCGGCGAUGAACAAGUAUAUGGUGUUGAUUGCACCUACACUUUCUUGGCUGUGAUGGAAAUGAUCUCUGGCAAGGUGAUGCUGCUGUGUCAAGGAUAUAGGGGGUACGGCGAUGUGGCGAGCUCUUAUGUCAAAGCAGAUAGAAAAGAUGACUUGGAAAUUCUGCUUUAUAUUUCACAGGGAAUGAAUAUAGAUGCCAAGUACGAAAAAACAUGGCUCAGUGUUAUACAGACAAUUUUUCUUUACAUAAAUACUGAGACCGACGGUAAGACACUCAUAGGCAUCAUCUGUGUGGACGAUGUGCUGGCGACUAGAACGAGUGUAAAUAAGGUCGACGACUUUCUUAAAACGAUGUUUAAGUCAUUGAGUUGGAGGAUCUCGGCGUUGUAA